AUGCGAUUUCCUGGGUCCUGGGUUGCGGUCUUCUUCUUGACGGUCAUCCACUGGGCGGCACUGGUCUGCGCGAACUCGCAGACCUUUCCACAAUGCACGGUAAAAUGCAUGAAUGAUUUGAUCCCUGGAUCCUCCUGCGCGCUUGACGACCAGCGGUGUAUCUGUACCGAUAAACAAUUGAUCGAAGACUUGAGUGUCUGUGUGACGGCGACAUGCACGAUACGGGAGACUCUUGUCAGCAUCAACAUCACGAAUACCGACUGCGGCGUGCCGGUCCGAGACAAUACGGCCCCGAGCAUCAUCAUUCCCGCGGUCGGCCUGAACGUCCUUCUGUUGGUGGCUUUGCGGACAUACACGCGCUUUGCGGUCACCGCGUCGGAGACCGGCUUGGAUGACUGGGCCGUGCUUCUGCUUGCGGGUUGCAUGAUACCCCUCAACGCCAUCUCGAUCGUGCUCGGAAAGGCAGGGCUAGGAAGAGAUAUGUGGACGCUUGAACUCGACCGAAUCACUCGAGUCAUCUAUUAUUCCUGGGUCCUGUCGAUCUUCUACAUCACCUGCAUCUCGCUCACCAAGCUCUGCUUCCUCUUCUUCUACCUUCGCAUCUUCCCCUCCAAUCGCCUGCGCUUGCUCAUCAAGAUCUUGUUCGCCCUGACCGUCGCGUACGGCAUCAUCUUCCUCUUCGUCGUGGUCUUCCAGUGUUGGCCAGUCAGUUCCGGCUGGCUGAACUGGGAUCUAGAGGGUCAUGGCAAAUGCAUGCAAUCGAACACGAUGAUGAUCUCAGCGAGCGCGAUCAACAUCGCUUUGGAUUUAUUGAUCAUCGCCCUGCCGAUUCCCAAAGUCGCUAGUCUGCAGGCGACGACUAGCACCAAGGUGCAGGUUAUCGCUAUGUUUUCGAUGGGAUUCGUAAUCACCGGAGUCAGCAUCUACCGCAUGGUAAGGCUCAAACUCUUCGCACUCAGUAUCAACCCAACCUGGGACAACGCCGCCAGCUGCUACUGGUCCGUCGUAGAAGUCGACGUAGGCGUCUUGUGCCUAUGCAUGCCCGCCACGCGAUCCUUGCUCGGCCGCAUGUUCCCCAACGUCUUCGGCUCAACCAGCGACCCCGAAACCACCGGGCAGUCCGUCAGCAGGAGAAGUCGACCAGUGGUGGUAACACCGGGUAAUACCAGUUUCACCCAGCUGAUCGAGAUGGAUCAUGUACCUGGUAGUGUGAAAAGUCAUGAUGAUUAUUGA